AUGAGAUAAAAAAAUAAGGAAGUUAGGCUUAAUCAUUCAAUUGAUUUGGUAAAUAAACUCAUUUUUACUAGAUCAACGUAGAAUUAUCUUGAGAUUUCGAGAAAUAGUGAGGGUGUUGAUCUUUAUAAUAGCAGCAGUAAACUAGAUGCUUAAGCAGAAGUAGGCAACUAAGUCAUACAAGGAUGCAGAACUCAACAUCAUGAGCAGUUUAAAUAAAUCUUAAGUCAGGAGGAAAUCCAAGCUCACUAACUCUAUUGUACUUUCUCCUAUUGCUAAUUCAGUGAUGAGUAAUAAAUUUCUAUUAAUGUCUAAAUAGAGAACGAAUCUGCCAUGUAAUAUUCAAUGGCAAGGCCAGUUUUGAUAACUGAAUUAGGUAAUUAAACUCAAGACAGGGAUGAAUCAACAAUGGUUGAAACAAGUUUGGCUGGAUCUGCAAAUUUGAGGCCUGCUUUUUUGAAAAAUACCAAACCUAGAUUUAUCCCUUUUAUCUAAAACAGAAUGAAUGCUAGCAUGUUAAGUCCAUAUGAGGAUAAUAGCGCUUAUAAUGAAUCCAAUAAUAUUAGCAAAGUAUCCAGAAUUAAUAGCCCUAAGAAAUAAUAUUAACCUCAAAUUAAUAAAUCAAUAAAUAAUAGCCCUCCAGUAGAUAGAACCAAAAGAUAAAAACAGCAAUAAGAGCAUCAGAUAAGUAGAUACGAAGAGGAUCAGUUGUAAAAGAAAAUUGAUGAAGGUUAUAAAGAAGUUGAUAACUUUGUCAAAAAGAUGCAAUUUGAACUAAAAUAUCAAAGGAUGACUACAAUAAAUUCACCAGCAUUUAUAAAUGCAAGUUCUUUAGGAAAGAAACAACCAUGGUCUCAUUAAAAAAUAAAGAUAAUCUAGCAGGAAGUUGAUUCGCCUAUUUUAUUGAGGAAGAAAAAGGAUGUCAGCUCGUUCAGAAUGAAUAAAAAUGGUUAAUCAAUUGAUGACUCACAGAAGAAGGGUACAGCAUAAGCACUCAAGAUGUUGAAUAGCGGAAUAUAUGAUUCUUAUAGAACUGGAACAAAUGGACCAGGAGAUACCUUUUACUCUGGUGGAGGGUUUACUUAACUAAGAAAAAGCUAAAUAGUCAAUUUUGAUGAAAAACUGAAAGUCUUUAAGGACAUAGAAGACUAGAAAAAGUAACAAUUUAAGCAAGAUAUUCUAGAAAGAUUAGAGUAAACUUAUAACCUUAAUUAGUUUUUGGAGUCUUUGCUUAAGACUAAUAAACAAACUCUAAGGAAAGACUAGCAAGACAAAUUUUAAUAAUUUGGAAAUCAGCCAUCAGCAGAUCCUGUUUAAAAGAGAUUUACAGAUGCUCUUUUAGAAUAAAAUUAGAGAGAAAUGUUCUUGGGCAAUAAACUUAAGACCUUAAAUUAAGCGAAGAAUAGGGAAGGGACUCUUGACUUUCAAAUGGAAUUCCUUCGUAAUUGUGAAUAAGAACACAUAGUACCUAUUCCAUAAGCUGUUUUAAACAUCUAGAACAAUCAAUUUACCUUGUAUAAUUACUCUUUGAGUCAGGAGAUUAUUGCAGCUCUAAGUAAUGCACUUCAGUAUGUGUCAGAAAACAUCUCAGCUAUUCAUUUUUCCAAUAAUGCUCUUCAAGAUGAAAUGACUUAUGAGAUCUUGUCAAAUCUUCCUCAUCAUAACAAGCUAAAGCAUCUAAUUGUAUCAAAUUAGAAUGAAGUUGGGAAACAAUCAUCAUUACUCAUCUGUCAUGAAUUCUUAGAAAAACCUCCACCGAAUGCUCUUGAUUCUUUGAAAAUUGUUAAAUGCAGGGUGCAGAGUGGUGCAAUCAUGAGAAUUUUGAAGACAAUGAACUAAUAAAAUUUUGUGAGAAAUUUAGCCCUGAGUAAAUGUGAAAUGGGCUUGAAAGAAGCUUAGUUACUAGCAAGUAUAAUACAAUAGAACACUUAAUAUUUAUCAUCACUUGACAUUUCAUGGAAUUAAUUUGGCUAAAAAGGUUUAAAGGUCAUUUUUGAUUCACUCAGUAUGAACUUUAAUAUCACAGAAUUAAACAUAUCUUGGAAUGAAAUUGCAGAGGAAACAGAUUUGAAAGGGUUAAAAAGAUUUAUAAAAACCAAUGAGAGAUUUUUCCAUCUCGAUAUAUCCAACAGUAUUUCAACAGAGAAGUAGAUAAUGACUCUACUUAAGACUCUAAAAAAAUCAAAAUCUCUACAAUCAGUCCACUUCAGUUAAAUCUAGUCAAUAAGGUAAGAUCAAUCAAUUAAAGCCUAUAUGGAUGCGUCAUUUGAUCUAAUUGAUUACCUAAAUAACGCAAAGCCUGAAAAGCCUACUGUUCUAGAUAUAAAAAAUGAAUCUUGGUAGACUAAUUACAAAUUUCAUCAUGAAAAACAAGUUUGUGAGAAGGAAAUGGAAUACUUUAAGUUUCAGCAAGCUAUUUACCUGGAUGACUUGCCUAAUAAAGAGAGAUUAGUACUUUCAAGAAUAUUAGGCUAUCCAGAGAUCAUAGGAUCUGAGUAAUGGACUUUGAGAAGAGAAUGCUUUAUCUGCUAGAGAUGGAAGUACACUCUCUUCGUCCACAAAGUAUAGAAGAAAAAGGACAUUUCUAAAUAUGUGAAAAUGCCAAUAAAGCAUCAGCAAACACUUCCUAUUAUACCUAAUAAUCCCUUAUCACUCUUAAAACAAUAAAUUGCAUCUCAGAUUGAGUCAGAUAUAGUAGAUGACAAAAUUAUAUUAACAGGAAGCUUUGAGUCAUUUAUGAAGAAGGAUGAAAUGCAAAUGAUAAACUUGAAUGACAUCCCUAAAUUAGUUGAAAAAGAUUUUGAUCAGGUUAAGAAAGAUACAGAAUAAGAGUAUUUGCAAGAUUAGAAAAAAAAUGUUCCUAAAAUGUUUUAGAAACAUGCAGCUACUUUGGAUAAAGUAAUCGUCUAGAGACUCUAUCAAAAUAUUUGGAAAAAAUUUUAUGACGAAAAAAUAAAGACUCAUCAUGCCUAAAUAAUACCAAGAGAUUAAAGUGUUGAGCAAUUUGACGAGAGCCUCUAUAUUUAUGCAGAUUUUGUUAAGCCUACUUGCUAAGUUGAGAUAAUAAACAUUAAUAAUGUAAGUGACUUACUAGAUCAGACGAAAAUUCAAUAAUAUUUCAUUCCUUUGGUGAGACUUGAAGACUAUAAAUCGCUUGUUGUGAUUGAGGAUGAGCAAUAUCUGGAGGAAUACAUUGAGAAAAAUGCUAAUGUAUUUGAAGAUUGGAAAGCAGAUAAUGAAGAGACAUAUUAAAAAAUGCUUAAGGAAGACUUUGAAUUCUGGAAAAUAAACAGGUUUAUUAAGGACACUGAAGACAUAAGAGCUUGUGAGUAGGUUAUAAAAGAUAAUAUAGUGGUUCUUAAGGAUAUUUACAUUACUUUGAUUUCAACUUCUAACUAUCCCAACAUUAACUGGAAUGAGUUCACACUUUUCGUCAAGUAAGCGAAUAUCGUAGAUGAGAAGACAACUUUUUCUGCAAUAGAUAGGUCAUUUAUUGCUACUAAUGUUGAGCUGGAGUAAAUAGCUGAGAAUCCAGAUAGAGCAUUGUGUAGGUAUGAGUUUUUCGAAGUACUAGUGAGGAUCGCUGGCUAGAAAUUCAAAGAAAGCAGAUUGGUAGCAACAUAUUCAGAGGCAUUGACUAAACUUCUAAAAGAACAUGUAAUAAGCAAAACUCAAAGGCUUCCUUGGUAAAGUUUCAGAGAUAAAUAUCUUUGGGUAAGAGACGUAAACCUAGUAUUUGAUUAGAAUAUGAUUGGACUGUAGAAGCUUUACAGUAAGUAUUUUAGUUACAAAUAGAAGUUUAUGACAUUUGCUAAUGCUUAGGACUUAAUGGCGAAAGAAAUAAAAUUGCAAACAGCAACAUUAAGGGAUAUAGUUAUGUGCUAUGGCUUGUGCAAGAUGACUGUUACAAAUGAAAUGAGAUACAAGGAUAUUAAUCCGUAUAUAAAACUCAACUUUGUUGAGUUCUUGGAGUAUAUUGGGAGAAUAGCUCAUGAGGAAUAUAAGGGCUUGGAUAUUCCGUUGUACCAGAAGAUAGAAAAUAUUUUAGACAUGAUUCUACCUCUGGUGGGAACUGUGAGAAAUGAGAUUUAGAGACAUGAAGUUGUUCUGAAGUCAACCAAGAAUCCUCUAUUCACAAAAUUCCAGAAUAAUCUCAAGAAAAAGGUCAUGGCAAAUAUCAAUGUUUAGCUGUACGAUUCGGACUCAGAUGAUGAAGAGUAAGAUGAGCUUUACUUGAAAUAUUUUGCUAAUAACAAUAGUUCAAACUAAAACUCUAAAAAGAGACUUUCAACUGACUAUAUCUAUUAAGAGAUAGACUUAGCUAACUUAAAUAUGGAUAAUGGCUCAAUCAUUCCUAGCACGAGAUAUCACUGA